GAACGGGGGGCGGCAACUUUCGCAACCGUUUAUCCUCCCCCCCCCUCCGUCCUCGAGCCGUUAGUCCGCGAUGGGACCCUGCGACGGUUCAAGCAUGCGGGCCCUACUGGAGACCCUCGAGGACCCCAGCGCCUCUCCGGGGGUGUUGACAGACGCGUGGCUGACCCUCACGAAUCGUUUGACUGAAGAGGAAGAAGAUGAAGACGAAGGAAAAGAAUUUGCAGCUGAGGUUGAAAAUUGUUUUCCCCAGCUUUACAAGUUAUUUAUGACACAUAUUCCUACUGAAAAUUUGGAGUUGAGCAGCGCAGCUUUACAAACCUUAGGAUUCUGUGUGUGUAAUCCAAAGAUUGCUUCCUUAUUAUGUGAAAUAGAAAUACAUGAAUUACUAUCUCUAUUAAACAGUGUUGCUAUAAAUUCAGGAGACAAACAUAUUCGCACAAGAGCACUCUGGGUGAUUUCAAAGCAGUUCUUUCCUCCAGAUACGGUUGGAAAAUUGGUACCCAAUAUUAUUGCUAUGCUAGAAACAAUACUUAAAGGAGAUUCACAUUCCAUGGUGGUUGAACAUGAAGCGCUAAAUGUUAUUAUCCGGCUGUUAGAACAGGCUCCAUCUGACAUGGAGGAACAGGCUGUGACGUGGGCUAAGAUGAUAAUUCCUUUGCUGGUUCACUCAGCUCAUAAAGUACAGUUAAAAGCUGCUAGUGCUUUGGAAAUGGGUCUACCGCUUCUUCAGCAGCGCCAAGAGGUGAUAGCAGUUGCUGAGCAACUCCUGACUACAAAAGUAAUUCCAGAACUCCAAAAGCUAUUUUUUUCAAAACAUGAAACAUAUAUUCUGAAACUGUGGCCCCUGUUUGUAAAGCUGCUUGGAAAAACACUGCAUCAUAGUGGAAGCUUUAUCAAUUCCUUGCUACAUUUAGAAGAACUUGGGUUUCGUAGUGGCUCCCCAGUGGUGAAGAAAAUAGCUUUCAUUGCAUGGAAAAGUCUAAUUGAUAACUUUGCUUUAAAUCCAGAUAUAUUAUGUAGUGCAAAAAGGCUAAAAUUGCUAAUGCAGCCACUGACCUCUAUUCAUGUGAGAACUGAAACUCUGGCACUGACCAAGCUUGAAGUUUGGUGGUAUUUAUUAAUGAGGCUUGGAUCUCAGCUUCCAGUCCACUUUGAACAGGUUUGUGUACCAUUAAUUCAGAACACUUUAAGCCUUGAUGCCUCUCUGCUACAAGAAAAUUCAUCACGGUUAAUUUCUAAUCAGAAUAUAGCUAUUCCAGGUUGUUCACGAAAAUCAGGGGUUUUCCCUUUUGGAAAUGUUGCCAAUCCAAGGAUGACUUUGAAUUCUAGCAAUGAAGGAGCUGUUAUUCCAUCUAUUCAGCUUCUAGGAAUUGAAAUGCUACUUCACUUCUUUAUGGGACCAGAAGUAUUGACUUUUGCCAAGGAAAAUAAUAUUGUGCUUAGUUUAGAACCUCUUCAGUACCCAGUAAUUACCAGUCCUUCGUUCUUCUGCAAAUAUGCCAGUGUUUUUAUAAAUGCAGCUCAGGAUGGUUUCAUUGCAAUUGGAAAAGAUGUUUCUGAUUUUAUGCUCACUGCUAUAUGGAGAGAAUUAGUUGGUUUUGUGAAAGCUGCAAUUGAUUCAGGCAACAAAAGAGAUCGACAACAUUCAGAAGUGUUAACUAUGUUGCUGCAGACUUUAAAAAACAUUAUUUUGUCAAAAGAAUUGCCAGUAUUAAACUCAUUGCCCUUGUUAGAAGUGGCUAUUAAAGAAUUGCCUCCAAAAGUAUUAGGAUCGCCAGCCUAUCAGAUUGCUGACAUGGAUCUUCUGAAUGGAACUCCAGCAUUGUUCCUGGUUCAGCUUUUAUUCUGUGAAGAUCUUCUUAAAUUUGGAGUUGAAAAUAAAAGAUUCUUUUUAAAUUACGAAACUCUUGUGGAAUGUACUUUGUCUGGCCCUGCGUCUCCUCUGGCUUUUACUCAGUCUGUACUCACAAUUGUGAGCGAAAGUGCCCUGCACUUCGAAAAUAAGGAAUAUGUGUGGCGAAUGUGGAGUAUUAUAGUUAACCCAUUAAUUGAAUGCAUUAAACAGACGAAUGAAGUAAAUCAAGGGGAUGCUUUGGAGCACAAUUUCAAUGCAAUUUACUGUGCACUGUUGCUACCAGUAAACUGUAUAUUUUCAUCUUCUGAAUUUCCAGAGUUUACCAUGAAAAAACUACUGCGUUCUUGGUCAGAACUAUAUAAAGCAUUUGCCCGUUGUACAUUACUAGUACCAACAGCAGAUGAUAACGUAUGCUGUGAGGAACUCUGUGCCAAAAUAAUAUCUGGAUUAAAAGAUGAAGAACGUCUAAAUCAAUCCAUGUUGGAUGGGCUCUCUCAUAUUACAGCAGUCAUGGUUGAAUGCAUCAAUUUUGCACCUUAUGAUGUAAAAUUUCCAUUAGCACAUAAACCUCCACAGAAUCUAGUGGAGUGGGCGAGAAGGGAAAAGAAUCCCCUUGGCAAGAUGUCUUCUUUAAUUAAACUUCUGAUAAUACUGAUGAACUCUCUUCAGAUGCUUAUAUCCGAGGAAUUUGACUGUGAACCAUUCGCUCCUCUUGGUUUUAUGAUUGUUGGUAUUCUUCACAAUAUCAUUGGCCGUGUCUCUUUGCCUUCUAUGCUCAGACCGGUCUUGAGAUUUAUUGCAAAACCUUUUGCAGCAUUAUAUGAAAAAAUACAGUCUUGUAAUCAACCUUCAAAGUUGGCUAAUCCAUUGAGUCCUGGACUCAAUAACAAGUGUGAAAAGUUACUGGCAGACAGCCUUACUUGUUUUCAGACACACUAUCCUGGAUCCUUUGACGAUGAAGUCUUGGGAGAGAUUUUUCCGUUAUUGAGCGUAAUGUUUUCAAAUAGGAAUAGAUUGGUAUGCAGCCAUGCUGUUUCGUUUUGGAAUGCAACAUUUGGAAAAGCGCGCACAAUGGAGUACCCUGAAGAAUUAAAACCUAUUUUAAAUACAACAAGACAAAAAUUCAUACUCUUACUGCCUAAUUUUGAAAGCUGUGAGAUAAUGGAGGGAUCUAGUACUACAUAUUCUGAUUAUACAGAGAAUUCCCAGUGGGGUGCAAGCAUCAGUGGGAUAAAAGUAAAUCCUAAUGGAAAAAGGGACUCAUUCCUGGCCCGGACCGGUGAGCCAGAGGAAGAAAAUAUUGAUUUUCACAUUACACCUAAAAAGAUAAAGCUAGAAUUAUCUGGGACAAAAUCAAAUAUAAAAAACAUUCCUUUGGAAGAAGAAAAUACUGUGGACUUUGUGUACAUUCCUGUAGAAACAAAAAAGCGAGUCUUGACAGAACACCAAAAAGAAGUUCUAAGAACUAAAAGGGAUGAUAUUCCUGUCAUGUAUAAUAAUCUGGAUGUGUCUCAAGAUGUCCUGUUUUCCCAGGACACUCAAAACCAGGAGGAGUCUUUGGAAAUACCAAUCAUAGUUGACGUAAAGCAAGAACAUGAGAAGAAAGAGGACAAAUCAACACCCCAGAAAAAAGAGGCAACAAGUCUUGUCAUUCCACAUGGAGUAACUGGAAAUUACAAAUCAAAUAUAUCUCUGGAGAACAUUACUUCUACUGUUAGUGAGCAACCUAAUAGCUUUCAGAAAGAGAAUUUGGAUCUGAAAAACGAAGAGUUGAAUAUCUGUGUUCCAAUACAAUCACCAAUAUUAGAUUCCACUUUGAAUGAAAAUCCCCCUACUAGCAGCAGCAACUCCUCAGCUUCUAGUGAUAUAAUUUCAGCAACACCACAGGUAGUGGUGAACAGAAGGCAGGCGUUUGUAACUUUGGAAAAAUUUGAUGACGCGGAGAGCAGACCUUUUAGUCCUUCAGUUUUCAGUAAUAUUACUGUAACAUUAACAAAUCCGUUUAUCCAGAACGAAAGCCCAGUUGUUUCAGAUGUCUCUUCAAAAGACAAGCCAAACCUGGAGAAUAAAGGUCGUGUAAAAUUCACAGCAAGAAAAACUAUGCCUGGCACAAGGAGGACACGCUCAGAAUUCUUAAAUGCUCUAGAGAUGUGUGUCAAAGCAAAAAGAAUUAAAGAAGAAAAUUCUCCUGAUCCAAAAUUGCAGCCUAACAACACGGAUGACGGUCUUAGACAAAAUAAAACUUUGGACGACAAAGCCUCAGAACAAAUACAAUCAGAUCAAGAGGAAAAAAAUCAGGUUUCUGAUACGCCUUGCGAGGAUAAGCAUGAAAUAUCGGUGGAUACACAAAUAGCAGAACAUUCGCUAGAUAAUCAGUCUCAGAUCCCUGGUGCUGGUGCGGCUGACAGCACAACAAUGGAGAGUAAAGUCCUCCUGGACAUAGUUAAAAAUGAAAAUGUGGUGCCAAAUUUAGAGCACAAAGAGAAUACAGCUACAGAGGUAGAUGUUCGUGAGGAAGUAGUGCCCGAUGUUAACCAAAGUCCUGACAUUUCACUUAAUCAGAAAACAUUAAGACGUUCUUUAAGACGAAAAGCAGAAACUGAUGGAGCUGUAGAUAGCCAAGAUAACGAGAACAAUCAACAAAAGAAGGACAAUGAAAAAGAUGAUGAAAAGAUUAUGCCUAAGAAGAUGGCACAAAAUAAGGAGACCUCUGGGCAAAAGGAAAAAGCUGAAACACUUGAAAAAGCAGCAGAUGCACCAAUAUGUGUGCCUAUAAACAAUGCUACAGAAAACAUAAACUCUAAAGAGAACAGCCAGGAAGAGUUGGACAUGAGUCUUGGGAAAUCUGAACGCAGUCCUGCUGCAUCUGACCUUGAAGAAUCGGGCCCAGAUACGUCUGUGGAGAAACACAAAGUAUUUCCACGGUAUCAUACAAGAAGAGCAGCUUCACAAGGAUUACUUGCCAGUAUGGAAAACUCUGAAUCUGAUAUCAGUGAAACAAGAGAGGAAGGAGCAAAAAAGAGAAGGUCUGGGAAAUUGAAAAAAAAUGAUUCCCCUGGGAACCAAGCAAAGCCAGACAGUCAAGAGCUUUCUUCACAAGCUGCAGUAGAAAUCCAAACUAGGUCAGUAGGAAAACAGAAAAUAACUUCUAGCGGAAAGACAGAAGUGCCUUCGAUGUCUAAUAAUGCAAAGGAUAUAAAGCAAGACAAAAGUACUCCCCCAUUAAGUCCCUGUGUGGAUCUUAAAGAAAAUGCAGGCCUGACACGUCCUAGAGCCUCUUCAGAUACAGGGAGAAAGGCUGCUAACAGGAGGGAAUCCACCUCAGAGCCUGUUUUAGAAAACGGUCAGGAAACUAGUGCUCUUGACACAAGUUCUGUGGUACCUAUCAAUUCAAAUGACAUUUCAGAAGAUCAUGCUUCUGCUACCGCUGUCGGUGCCUUACCUUCACCCAAGAGAAUUCUAGAUAUGUCCGAAUGCCAGCACAAAAGAAGCAAGCGGACAAGGAAAUCCAGGAGCUGCGAAUGCUGUGAUGAAAAGCUGUCUCCCCAAGUGGAAAAGUUGUCCUCUGAACCGAAAAAGGCAAGCACUCCAGAACCAAAGUUAAAAGAACCAAGGAAGAACCUUAGUAAAGUAACCGUGGCCCUGACUCUGAUUCCUGUUGCUGAAGAGAUUCAUUUUGCACAGAGGCUGAAUGUAGAACCUUGUGCAACAAGCACCCCGCUGCCUUUUGUUAAGGAUGCCGCUGAUUGGAAAGAGGCCAGCAAUGUUGCUAAAUCUGUCAGUGGCGUCCCAAGAAACAAGUCACCAAACGUAGAACCGGAAAAAUUAGCAUGUGUCCAAAGUGAAAAUGACAAGCCAGUUGCAGGAAUUCCGGAUGUUCCUUUCUCUGAAACAAUUUCAGAAUCCAGAUCAAUGGAUUCUCAAUCAGAAAUGCUCAGUGCUCAGGGUCAGCCUUUAGAACCAGGUUCAGUGGAUUCUCAUUCAGAAAUGCUUAGGGCUAAGGAUCAGGAUUUAGAACCAGGUCCAAUGGAUUCUCAUUCAGAAGAGGUCAGUGCUAAGGAUCAGCCUUUAGAACCAGGUUCAGUGGAUUCUCAUUCAGAAAUGCUCAGUGCUAAGGAUCAGCCUUUAGAACCAGGUCCAGUGGAUUCUCAUUCAGAAGAGGUCAGUGCUAUGGAUCAGCCUUUAGAACCAGGUCGAAUGGAUUCUCAUUCAGAAGAGGUCAGUGCUAAGGAUCAGCCUUUAGAAUCAGGUUCAGUGGAUUCUCAUUCAGAAGAAAGUGUUAUGGAUCAGGGUUUAGAACCAGAUUCAAUGGAUUCCUGUUCAGAAGAAAGUGUUAUGGAUCAGGGUUUAGAACCAGGUUCAAUGGAUUCCCAUUCAGAAGAAAGUGUUAUGGAUCAGGGUUUAGAACCAGGUUCAAUGGAUUCCCAUUCAGAAGAAGUCAGUGCUAAGGAUCGGGGUUUAGAACCAGAUGCAGAAGCAGAGACUGGAAUGGAAGUCUGUAGUAACCAAAAUGGUCAUUUGGAAAGUGAAACAGAUACAGAGAUCAAAAUUAUCCAAGUUGUGGGAGCACAGCCUGAGGAAAGUGUCGUUCAGAAUACUGUAGAAGAGACUGCGGUAACAUCUGCCACACAGGUAGCAGAGCUGCAGGAAAAUGAGACGAGUGAGGAAGAAGGAGCAGAAGAUAAUGCAGCAAAUGCACCAAGUCAACCUUCAACCUUAGUCAUGUGGCAGAACAAAAUUAGUACCUUGGAUUCUCCACCAAAAUGUAAAGAACUUGAUUUUCUUUCUUUAGCCAAGGUCAGUGGAAGUCCCACUGGGACACAGGCUCGCUGUCUAUGGUCCCCAUCAGCUUCUCCUUCUACAAGUAUUUUAAAAAGAGCCAUCAAAAGAGAACCAGAGGAAGAUUCGUCAUCACCUGCAAACAAGAACCGAAGAGUCUCCUUUGCCAAUCCAAUCUACCAAGAAGAAUUGGCAGAUGACAUUGACCGGCGAAGUCCUAUACUUAGAAUUCAUCCUUGCAAUAAUGGCUCUCAAUCUUCACGAAGUGCUAAAUCUUCAUCUAGUCAUCAAGCCAAGCUUAUAACCACUCCAACCAAAGGAUCUCUGUCCCCUGGAACCCGUAGCCAUAAAUAUAAGAGCUCAAAGAAGUGUUUAAUCACAGAAAUGGGCAAGGAGUCAACAUCACCAGUACCUACAGAAAGCGUCUAUCCUGCCCUGAUGGGCUGUAAAGCAUCUGUUGAUAUAAUUCUGCCUCAGAUUACUUCAAAUACUUGGACAAGAGGGUUAGGGCAUCUGAUUCGAGCAAAGAAUAUCAGGACGGUGGGUGACUUGAGUUCUCUCACCGCAGCCGAGAUCAAAACACUUCCAAUCCGUUCUCCUAGAGUUUUAAAUGUUAGAAAGGUUCUUAAAGGCUAUCAUGAGCAACAGGUAAAAUCUCGUGGAAUGGAGGAAAAUACUGGCCUGGACAAUACAGAGAAAUCAGAAAUCCAUGUCAUGGAUGACACAUUUUUCUCAUCAAAUGAAAAUGCAGACCAAUGUGAACCCGAGGUCUCCAGUUCGGGUGAGUCAUCAGCAAUAGACCUUUGGACUCAGGUUAAUCUACUUGCUGACCAACUUUCUUCUGAAAGACUUCGGAACUAUUCAGGGAACGAACUCUUUGAAAUGCAAGAGAAGCUUCAUAGCAUGACAGACUGCAUCAUGAAAACUCUGAAGACCCGUUGGAUGCUUUCGAGAUCUUGCGAAACCACUGUUUAAAAAAACCCCAAAAGAAUACAUUUGAUUGCAAAUUUCAAUCCAAGAUUUAAAUUUGAGAUUAAUAUUUAGAUUCAUUACAUAUUUUAAGUAAAAGGGAUUCCUGUAACUUGAAGCAAAUACAGCAUUGGAAUAUAAAUCUUAAACUUCUAAAUUCUGUGGACUUGCAUUUUAAGGUUUUCUUUUUUUAAAUUGCUGCUAUGCACAACUUCCAAAAUAUGUGGUAAGAUGUGCAGUAAUGACUGUGAAACAUGCCACAAUACGGAGCAGUAUAUAUUUUAAAUGUUAAGUAUUUUAAAUCAAAAGGGCUUUGACGCAUCGUCAAUAUUUAAAGCCCUGGUUUUGUUGUUCUCUCUAAAGUUUGAAGUGUUAAUUAAUUUACCAAAAGUUAUACAAAUCUUCCAACUGAUAGUUGUUUGGAAGGUACUAGUUUUAUAGCUUCAUUACCAUAUUAAGUAUGGUGCUUCAUUAGCAUACUAAAAAUAUCUCAAACUUUUUCAUAGGACAUAGUCUAUUUUUUCAUGAAUGUAGUAUGCAAAAGAAAAAAAGUGUGUCAGUACAUAAUCCCAAUAAGUAAUUCUCAGGAUCUGACCACGUGCUCUUUGAAUUUUUAUACACCACAAAGGUUUUAUUUGCCCCAUUCAUGAGUCCUAAAUAAACUGGACAUAAGAAUAAUUUUGUAUAUUAUGUAUAGAUGUACUAAAUGCAAAUGCUCUAAAUUAUAUCUGUAUGAAAGGCAGAGUCUUAACAUGCUUGAAUGGGAGAAACUUUGUAUAGAGCAUAUUUGUGCUUUUUAAAGUUGACUUAACAAUGGGAUCAAUUUAUGUUUUAGGAAAUAAAUAUAUAUAUAAAUAAAAUAUAUAAAUGGUU